AUGGCCGAAAUCUCCAUAUUUGAUCUGACCAACAAUGCUUCUGUAUAUCAUUCUAAAGAUGACGACGACCUCUACUGGGAGUACUAUGGAGGUAACGGGACGGAAAGCCAUUCCCCAUCCAGCUGUGGGGAUUUGUCCGAUCGUCACCGCGACUACACCCAAAUUCCCGCCGUAAGCAUGGCUAUAGCCGUUCUGUAUAGUCUUGUCAUAUUUUUGGCUGUUACCGGAAAUAGCUUGGUUAUUUGGACAGUUUGGAGAAAUACCCAUAUGCAUACAGUAACUAACUACUAUAUUGUUAACUUAGCUAUCUCAGAUCUCUUGGUUUCUGCGAUUGUCAUGCCCUUAAAACUUUUGGAAUAUACAGCACCGUGUGAAUGGCACGUAUUUGGCAGUGAUGCUCUGUGUUCUGUACUCAAUUACUUGUUGCCUAUAUUUGUUUUUGCUAGUGUUCUCACCCUUGUCGCUAUUUCCCUAGAGAGGUACUACGCCAUUGUUCACCCAUUGUCUGCUAUGAAGAUAAACAGUAAAUCUAGAACCAGGAAGAUUAUAGCUGUAACAUGGAUAAUACCUAUAAUACUUGCUUCACCAUAUACAUAUUGUAGCAGUUAUGGUUUUGUAAUAGAAAGUGAACUGGGCCGAAUUUCGCGCCAAAUCUGUAAUGACAGAUUUGACGAGAUAGACAUUGCUAUGUACGGACCGGAAGCCUGGGGAUCUGGGAGGUUCAGACGAGGAUUUUUUAUAUUCUUAUUUUUGGCAGUGUACCUCAUUCCUGCGUUUCUUAUUCUAACAACUUGUGUUAAAAUAGCCAUUUGUCUACUACAACCAAUAAGUAUCAAGCGACUACCGUCAUUGGGCCGUAAAGAACAUAGUCGGCGACAUGAGGAAAAUAAACGCAAGGUGGCACGGAUGGUCAUCGUUAUCGCUAUAGCCUUUAUUGUUGCCUGGUCACCCCAAUACAUAGUUAGUAUUGUCAGCCAACUUCAAUCACUUCAUGGCGGAAUCAACUUUCUACAGAAAGGACAGUUUCUCUUUACCAUGCUGAUGACUCACUUAUGUGGCUUCCUCAACAGUUGUAUUAACCCUUUCAUCUACACCAUCAUGAGUCGCAAGUUCCGCAAGAGUUUCAGAUACAUCUUUACGCGGGUAUUCUUCUGUUGUCAAAAGAAAAGGACAUAUCGGUAUCAGACAAGCCUUACUCGUAACCAAUCAGCCGGCCUGUCUUCGGUUGGAAAGCAGUCUUUGACCGAGUUUCGCGAUGGGAACGAAUAUCGUCUGAGCGAAGCUCCGUCAUCUGGUGGAGAUAGUAGUGGCGGUAGUCAACAAGGGCGUGGAUUUCAAGUUCGCUACAAGGACAGUUCCCAGUCGCUGAUAGAGUCUCGUGGAAGCAACAAAAAGUGGGCGACCUCCAGUGGGAAGCACCACUCUGGCGGUUCUCUUAUUGUAUUGAAAUGUUUCAAAUAUAAGGAACGGGCUUUUAAGGAUAAUGACGGGGAAGUUUAG